GAUUUGCUCAGUGCAACAUCAUUUGAUUUCCUGACUGCUGCAUCCAUGGGCAUUGAUUGUGAAUCCAAGUAAAAUGAAAUCCUCGAUCACUUUAAUCUUUUCUCCGUUUAUCGUAACGUAAGUUAUCCUUUCUAGGAUGGUUUUGAGGAUUGAAUGAGCAACUGAAACAAAUGUGCCUGGCUCAUGUUAACAUCUCUAAGUUUUACUGUAUUGGGAAGUAGAAGCAAUUAAUCUGCCAGAUGUUACAAGGCGUUGGUUGGGUGGCAGUUUAUCUUGUUUCAGGAGCUCAAUGUGAGGGGCUGAUAAAGUAAGAAAAAUUUACACCAGUUACACUUGUUCAUACACACAUCCUUCAAAAAGAAGAUAAACCACAUGGACUUGGGAGUUCGACUUGUUUGAACCUGGCCCUCUGGCCUCUCAGCUCUGUGACUUAGGGCAAGUUGUUGUUUCUUUUCUCUUCUCCCCGUUUCCCCCUCAGCAUUUUGAGGUAGGUACUAUUAUCCGACAUGGGGUCAUCAUGAGUCGGAAUCGACUCGACAGCAACUAACAACAACAACGCUGUAUUCUCUUUACUUUUACAGAUGAGGAAAUGAGGCACAGAAAGGUUAAAUAUAAGUUUUUCAGGGUUACACAGUUGUAAGUGGCAAAUCUGGGAUUUGAACCUGGGCAGUUUUUUCUCAUGGUCCACAGUUACCUGUAGGAGCCUGAGCAGCUCUCUUCUUGAAGGCCAGAUGGUAGUGACAUCUUCUGGAUUUUUCUCUGAGUGUUUUUAGAAAUGCAGUACUUGUUAUUGUGGUUAACUCUGGAAUGAAUCCCAUUUUACAAAAUUAAGAUUUUUUUUAAUUUAGUGAAUCUUUGCAAUACUGAUUUGUAACCUUUCUCACUUGGUCAAGUGCCAGGAGUACAGUUGUUAAUAUAAAAGAGACUAUGACACUAGAUAGGAAUAAGGAUACAUUUUUAAAAAUUUUUUAAAUUUUUGGUACAAUUUUGAUGUAGUUCAUUUUCCCCUCUGAUAGUCAUAUAUGUUUCUAAUUCACUUUCCAAGUAGAUUGGCCUCUGAAUUAGUGGCUUUAACUGUAUUAUCUAGAAGAAAAAGACAACUGUUUCGUCUUAAGAGUAUGCUACCUUUUAUUUAGACGAAUGAGCUGUGUAAUUAUUUGCUCCUGCUCUCUGACCCCGAAAUCUCAGUUUUACGCAAGCUUAUAAUUCAUUAUUUUUGUGGAAAGGAAUGUUUUAACUAUCUAGUUUGGCAAAUGGGAAACUCUGUAGCUUAACUAAGAUACCAUAACAAGUCAUCUUUAAAAAGUGUACACAUGUAUACACUUUAUGAAAUCUCCUAUUGUUCUAGGUUUUUGUUGUUAUUGGCCAUUCAUUUGGCUCUGACUUACGGUGACCUUGUGUGUAAAAGAGUGAAACAUUGCCCGGUCCUGUACCAUCUUCAUGAUUGUUGGUAUGUUUAAGUCCAUUGUUGUAGAAGAUGCUUUUAAACACAGUUCAUGGAUUUCCUCCUCACCACUCCAUCUAAGAAUCCUGAAGUAUGACAUCAUGUCCAUAUAAAUCUGAAAUUUAUAUUACAUUGUGAAUUUAGCUCUCCUCUUCAUCAAGGGAUACCCUUGGAGGACAAGCCCAUGUUUAUGAUAGCUACAUCUCUUUGAUUUUUAUUUCUAUCAGCCUUGGCUAUCUUGUCCUUCCAGAUGAAAGUGUCCAAAUCUUUUUAUUAGAUUGUCUCUGUUCAUGUAAUACCUUUCUGUCAUCCCUCAGGCUAUUUUAGAUUGUCUUUUGAGAGAGACCUUUCUCUAGUCUAAACCACAGUUGCUUAGCAUCUUCCAACUGCAGGUACAAAAUGAUAUUGUGCAAAGUUAGUGUGCCAGUGGACAGCAUAUAAUACUUACGAAAAUGGGCUCUGGAAUGGCCCGGGUCUCCCCCUCACUAGUUGUGUAAACUUGAGUAAGUUAAUGGCUCUGUGACUCUGCUUUUUUUGUUGUUGUUGUUAAAUCUGUUGAAGUGUACUCACAACACUGUAAAAAUAGGGCUGUAAAGAGUAAAAUUAGUUCUUGCAUGUAAAACACUUAGAUUAAUGAGUGGCAUAAAGUAAGCCUUCAGUGUUAACUUUAAACAAAAGAAAUACCUUCCUUAUGAUAAUUGCUGUUUUCUUUGUAUUUUGGACUCUUUGGCAUUUGGACAAUGGCACACAGGACUGAUGUCUUCAAAGAACAGUGUACAAUGACUGUUAGAAUCUUUUUCUUUAAAGAUAGACAACCCGAAAUGUAAGAGAAAAUGCAGUGUUCUCUGAAAGUUUUCUUCUGAAUUGAGCAUAUGCCAGUUUAAAAAAAAGGUUAAACCAAAGUUGUUGUUAAUUUUAUUCAAAUACACCUUUUUUAUUUUUGGCUUGAAUAAAACUAGACAAUUUACCUAUCUGAAAACAUGAGUAAGAAGCUUUGGGUGCAAUAUAUUAAAUAAGAAUAGAACCUUAAAGCCACUUUUGUUUAUGAAGUUUAACACAUUGCUGCCUUUUGAUAAAUGAUAGGUUCUAAGGAUAGCAUUUAAUCAGUUUUAUAAUAUAUGUGAUGAUUUAGUCUGAAUUAAUUAAUGGUACUACUUUUUCUAACUUCCUUUUCCUCUUGGCUUUUUCUCUGUAGGUAAAGUUUUGUGUUAACUCAUGACAAACUGAACCCUUGCCUGCUCUUCUUAUCUUUAGUGUCCUUCCAACUUUGCCUUUAUUUCUGCUGAGGUUGUAUUCUAUUUGUUUUUCAGAUGAGACACUUUUUGCUCUUCCUGCUGCAUCUGAGCCUGUGAUGCACUCCUCUGCAGGCAAGUUCUUUCUGCUAGCCUUUUAUCCUCCAUGUAUUCUAACUUUAACUCUUUAGUUUCCUUAACUCUGCACAGAGUAGUUUGGAUUUACUAAAAAUUAGCAUGGUUCCAAGAAUGUUUGUCUCCUGAAAAACUUGAAAUCUAUAUUUUAUAUGCUUUGUCCAAGGGAGAAAUGGAUAGAAGCUGAUAAACAAUUGGAAUUAUGUAAGGAAUUCUUGGACCCUUGAUUUACAUUUACAUAGUGACCAUUCGUUUUCUCCAGAUACAGUGUACUUGCUUGUAGUUGAAAGGCUUUUAUGUAAUUGAAUGUCAGUCUAUGGCAUUUAAUUAUCUAAUGCACUUUUCUGUACUGUUAGUCAGACUCCUCUCCCUCUAAAACUAGUAGAAGUAGCUUUCCUCAAUUGAUAUGCCUGAGGUUUUUCUCAAAGACUUGAUGUAUGUCUUUGCAUAGCAUAUAAUUGCCUCUGUACCCAUACACAUGCUUAUUGACAACAGCUUCAGUUCUUUCAGUUAUGAUUCCAAUCUCCUCAGUUGUUAAUUUAUUAAGUUCUAUUAACAUUUAAUUUUAGUUAACACUAAGUCUUUACUAACACUGUUUUAAAUCUGUCAUAAAACUUGCAUGAAUUCUGAGAACACUGGCAUUCUCUAACUUUCCUUUCUGUCCGUGGUCACAGAAAAAAUUAUGGACUUGAAGGAGCAGCCAGGUAACACUGUGUCGGCUGGCCAAGAGGAUUUCCCAUCUGUCCUGCUUGAAACUGCUGCUUCUCUUCCUUCUCUAUCUCCUCUCUCAGCUGCUUCUUUUAAAGAACAUGAAUAUCUUGGUAAUUUAUCAGCAGUAUUACCCACCAAAGGAACACCUCAAGAAACUUCAAAUGAAGCUUGUAAAGAGUUCUUAGAGCAGGCAAAAAAUCCAUUUGUAGAUAGAGAUUUAACAGAGUUUUCAGAAUUGGGGUACUCAGAAAUGGGAUCAUCAUUCAGUGGCUCUCCAGGAGCAGAAUCUGCCACAAUAGUAGCAAACCCGAGGGAAGAAGUAAUUGUGAAGAAUAAAGGAGAGGAUUUAGUUAGUAAUACCAUCCUUCAGAACCCACAAGAGCUACCCAUAGCCAUCACUGAAUCGGUUAAAGAGGACAACGUUAUGUCUCCAGAAAAAACAAAGGAUAGUAAUGAAAAAGGAGUUGCAGUAGUUUUUAAAGGAGCUCCCAUGAGGGAGGAAUAUGCAGAGUUCAAACCAUUUGAGCGAGUGUGGGAAGUAAAAAAAGAUAGGGAUAUUGAAGACAGUGGUUUGGUGGCUGCUGGGGGUAAGAUAGAGAGCCAGUUGGAAAGUAAAGUGGAUAAGAAAUGUUUUGGAGAUAGCCUUGAGCAGACAAAGCCUGAGAAAGACAGUGACAGCAGUAAUGAGGAGACUUCCUUUCCUGGUACACCAGAAGCUGUGAAAGAUGGGUCAGAAGCAUAUAUCACAUGUGCUUCCUUUAGCCCAGCAGCAACCAAGAGCAUUGCAACAAACAUCUUUCCUUUGUUGGAAGACCAUACUUCAGAAAAUAAGACAGAUGAGAAAAAGAUAGAAGAAAAAAAGGCCCAAAUUGUGACCGAGAAGAACACUGACAUCAAAACGUCAAACCCUUUCCUUGUAGGAACACAGGAUUCUGAGACAGAUUAUGUCACAACGGAUAGUUCGUCAAAGGUGACUGAGGAAGUAGUGGCAAAUAUGCCUGAAGGUCUAACCCCAGAUUUAGUACAGGAAGCGUGUGAAAGUAAACUGAGUGAAGCUACAGGUACAAAGAUUGCUUAUGAAACAAAAGUGGACUUGGUCCAAACAUCAGAAGCUAUGCAGGAGUCCCUGUACCCUGUAACACAGCUUUGCCCCUCAUUUGAGGAAUCUGAAGCUACUCCUUCUCCGGUUUUGCCUGACAUCAUUAUGGAAGCACCAUUAAGUUCUGUUGUUCCUGGUGCUGGUACUUCUGCAGUGCAGCCCAGUUCACCAUUAGAAGCUCCUCAGUCAGUUAAUUAUGAAAGUACAAAACUUGAGCCUGAAAAUCCCCCACCAUAUGAAGAGGCCAUGAAUGUAUCACUUACAAAGGUAUCCGGAAUAAAGGAAGAAAUGAAAGAGCCCGAAAGUACCAAGGCAGCUGUUCAAGAAGCAGAAGCUCCUUAUAUAUCUAUCGCAUGCGAUUUAAUUAAGGGCACAAAGCUCUCUGCUGAACCAACUCCCAAUUUCCCUAAUUACUCAGAAAUAGCAACAGUUGCUCAGCCAGUGCCUGAUCAUUCUGAGCUAGUUGAAGAUUCCUCUCCUGAUUCUGAGCCCGUUGACUUAUUUAGUGAUGAUUCAAUACCUGAAGUUCCUCAAAAGCAAGAUGAAGCUGUUACACUUGUGAAAGAAAACCUCACUGGAACGUCACCUGACUCAGUGGUAGAACGUGCUGACAAGGAAGAGCUCAGUCCUUCACCGCCUGAAGGGGGAAAGCCAUAUUUAGAAUCUUUUCAGCCCAGUUUAGAUAGUACAAAAGAUACCUUACCACCUGAUGAACUUUCAAUAUUGACCAAAAAGGAGAAAAUUCCUUUGCAGAUGGAAGAGCUCAAUACCACAGUUUAUUCAGAUGAUGGCGUAUUUGUUUCUAAGGAAGCAGUAGCGAGAGAAAGUGAGACAUUUUCUGAUUCAUCUCCAAUUGAGAUCAUAGAUGAGUUCCCUACGUUUGUCAGUUCUAAAACUGAUGUCUCUCCUCCAGUGGCAAGAGAAUACACUGACCUAGAAAGAUCCCACAAAAGUGAAAUUGCUGAUGUCCAGGAUGGAGCUGGGCCAUUGCCUUGCUCAGAAUUACCCCAUGACCUUUCUCUCAAGAGUAUACAACCUAAAGGUGAAGAUAAAAUCCAUGUCUCAGAUGAGUUCUCCAAAGAUAGGUCUGAUAUAUCAAAGGUGCCCUCACAGCCUCCUGAUGUUUCUCCUUUGGCCACCCAACCAGAGAUAGGCAGUAUAGUCAAACCCAAAGUUCUUGUGAAAGAAGCUGAGAAAAAACUUCCUUCUGAUACAGAAAAAGAGAAGAGAUCACCAUCUGCUAUAUUUUCAGCAGAGCUGAGUAAAACUUCAGGUAAUCAAUCCAUACACUGUUUGGUGAUUUCUAACCACCUUUUGGCUUGUUGUGGACCAUUUCGCUAUGCUUUGUGUAGUAUGUUACAUUUAUAGUGUCUGAUAUAUUGCAUCGAUAGGAAUUCUUUUCCACCAUCCCAUUUUAAGGUUUUAGUGCUUUUUCUACCCUUCUUGCUCUUAAUUUUUCACUGGUGACUUUUAUUUUGUACCAUAGAGCUAGAAAAUAUUUUAAAAUUAGAGUUGGCUUCUUUUUUCUUUCUUCUCUUUCUUUUUGUCUAAGUGAUUCUUGAUAGUGUAUAGAGCAAGAAGUAUUAAAAUAUUUUCAGAUGUUUUAUUUUUGUUUUACCAAAAAUUAUUUCACUUUUAAUUUAAAAAGAAAGAAUAUUUCUGUAACAUUUUUCUAAUAUUUUAAUAUAGCACAGUAUUUUCCAGUGAUACCUUUAAGGUUAGGCAUAUUGAGUAAUAGACAUUCAAAAAAUGUAAAUUUAGGUAUGUUAUUAUGAAUUCUUCUGAAAAGUACCAGUUCUCGUUUUUCUUUUUAACUCUACAUUUCCCAUAUACCUGAUCUGCUUAAGGUGAUUUGCACGUUUGCUUUUUAUUUAGCAUUCUAAUUUAGCUGUGUUUUCUAUAAAAAUAUAUAGUGAUUACUGUGUAUUUACUGAAUAUACUUGGGUUAUUGUGUAUUGGAAAUGGGUAGCACUAGUGGCAGAGAGACCAGUUUAGAGAUGUUGUUAUAAUAUAAGAAAGAGGAGAUUUUGACCAUUAAGGCAGUGGGGUGAACAUGGAGACAUAGGACUUGGUUUUUGAGUGGAUAUGGAAAUGAAGGAUAAGAGGAGGCGUCAAAGAUAACUCCAGGAAACCCAUGUUCCUGGCAUGUGCAAACACUCGGAUGGCAGUAUAAGAAACUGAAAUAGGGAACAUGAGAGAAUAAAGUGGGUUUGAGGAGAGAAGUCAAAGAAUUCAGUUUUGAAUAUGUUGGUUUUGGGGUACCUAUGAGACAUCCAAGAAGUAUGGAUGUUAUAUGUGUGAAGCUCUUUAGAGAGAUCUUGACUGUGUAUGUAUAUUUGCCACGGGCUUAGAGAUAGUAAUUAAAGCCUCUGAUGUCAACUAGGCAGAGCGAAGAGAAAAGAAAGAUUCAAGAAUGGACGGAGUGGUCAACAUUAUUAAAUAUUAGAGAGGUUAAGACAAGGAUUGAGGGUUUUUCAACAAGGAGGGCAGGGGUUGGUUGAUAUUGGUAAGAACAUUUACAGUGGGUGAUCACACACGUGAUCUGCUUAAGGUGAUUUGCAGAUCAGUAGGCGAGUGGGCAGGGGUAGGAUUGAGCAAUGAACAGGACCUAAAAAUAGACACUAAAUGUUGAUGACUCUUAAGAAAUUUAACUGAGAACAUGGAGAAAGAGUGUUAGCAGGAGAGAGAGCAUGGCUUUGAAAAAAAAUUUUUUUUUUUUUUUUUUGAAGAUGGGAGCAAAAUCUGAUUAAAAGUGCUAGUAGAGGGUCAGGACGGGGUAGGAUAAGAUCCAGAGUUCAGGUAGAGGAAUUAGCCUUAGAAGGGGAGGAAGGAUACCACUUUGAUUGUAGUUAAUGGAAAGGAAAGCAUGGGUGUUGAUACUGCUAGGGUUUUGUGGCUGGAAGUUGAGGGAAUUGUUUGAUGGCUUAUGUUUAUCCUUUAAAGCAGUAAUUUAGGUCAUUUGCUGAGAAAGAACUGAAAUAUGCCUGGGGGGAAGAGGUCUGAAAUAUUUCUUCUGACUAGGGAAACAAAGGAAUUGCGUUAAGAGACCAGUAGAAGUCUGUGGUCUGUGUAGUAGGGUGACUUUUUCUCUGUGCCCAAAGCCCAGUUAUGGGUUCAGAGAAAGCAAAUGGUUGUAUUGAGUCAAAGUUGGGUUUCGCUAGAUGGGCCCAGUAGAAGGACAGUGAGUCAAGGAAGUUGAGGAUAAUAGCAAGAGGGUAGUUAAAAGUGAUGGACUGUGGCAUAGUAGUUGAAGGAUGUGAUGAAAAGAUAGGAGGAGACUAGAAGGUCACAGAACUCACGGUCCAAAUGAGGUCCAAGAGCCAAGGGUAGUGGGAAUAAAAAUGUGAAAGCUAGAGUGAUAAGGGUUGUGGUCCGAGUAGGAUUGUGUAUGGUUUUGUGCAUGUGUGUGAUGUUGAAUAUAGAAUUUAAGAGGAGCAGCAGUUCAAAUUGAUUACAAUGUCCAGAGUAUGAUUGUGGGGCGGGGGCUAAAAUGGAGUAGGGUGAACGUUGCCGGAGGUGAGGUCAAAUAACUAUGAGACCAAGGUGUUAGAUUGUUCUUCUGUGUGGACAUGGAUGAUGGCAGGACUUGGGAUAGAGAGGAAGGUAAGAAUCUAGGGUGAGAGUCUUCAGUCAAGGUCAGCAAGGCAACUGGCAGGACAGUAGGUGGAAGCACUAGGGAGGAAUAGAGAAUGACAUGGCUGAAUAGCCAGGACUUACCCAAGGGCUCUGAAAUAGUCUGGAAGCAACAAGGAGGGCAUUGGCCUCCUCCCGUUGCUGAGGUAUGUAGGGUACAGGAGAUUAAGCAGCCUCCAUUUUUAGAGUGCCACAGAGAAAGCGGUGUUCUGAAGGAGAGCCACGCUUUAGCGAAGGUGAGGUCAUGUAUGGCAUGCUCAGUAAGGAGAUUGAGGACUAGGGGAUCUGGUUCACAGUGGAGUGGAUGGCUCAGAUAGCACAGUAAGAUAGCUAAGGAGGGAACAGUAGAGCCGCAUGAUGAUGACAAUGUAGGUGAAGACCAAGGAUAAGUAGGGAUGUCAGCCUGUAAAGUCCAUCGCCUCCUCCCCUGCCCCAGCAUUCCCUCCCAAGACUUAAUCCUGGCAGUCCUCUAGCAGAUGGGGCUGGUCAGGUAUUUCAAGUGUCAGCUAUAUUGGGAAACAAUCUGAAGUAAUAUAUGCUCAUUGUACAAAUUUGAGAAAUGAUGGAAAAAAUUUGUAAUCUUAAUCAGUGUUAAUAUUUUAGAAUAUAUUCUUCCAGUCCAUUUUCUAUGCAUAUAGUACUUUAUGAAUGUAAUGAAAAUAUUUAAUGUUUUCUAAAAUUGGAAUCAUAGUCUACAUAUUGUUUAUAAGCUACUAAAAACUAGCAAUAUAUAAUGCAAACAUUUCUUUUAUAUUCUUUAAAUAUUAUUCUUUUGCAUGAUUUUUAAUGCUGGUGUUCCAUGGUAUGUAUAUAUUAUAAUUUAACCAGUGAUUUCUGCUGUUGGAUCUGUAGAUUGGUUCCAAUUUUUUAUUUAUAAAUAGUACUGUGGUUAACCCUUCAUAUUUAAAUAUGUUUUGUGUAUCUCUGAAUGUUCUUUUCCGUAAGUUACUAGAAGUAGAAAUCCUCGGUCAGUAGGUAUUAGCAUUUUAAGGGUUUAGACAAAAGUUAACAGCCAGAAAAAUUGUACUGAUUUUACCCCAUAACAGUGUAAGGAAACAUGUAUUUAUCUACUACCUCCAACACUUGAUAUUAUUCAUUUUUUUGGAUAGAUAAUAGUUGCAUGUUGUAUAAAAUUUAAAAAGUACAGUGACAGUAAGUCUUCCUAUCUCGGUUGCCUAGCCACCUAGUGCUCCUUCCCAGAGUCACCUGCUAGGACUUAUUUCUUAUGUGUCCUUCAGACGAAUUCUACUUGGUAUUUUUUAAAACCUUACCGUUUUGAUAGCUGAAAAUGGUAUCUUGUACUUUUGAUCUUUGAUUACUAGUGAAUGUAAACAUGUUCCAUAUAUUUAUUGACUGUUUGCAUUUUUUUUUUAUGAAUUGCCUGUUCGUACCCUUUGCCCAUUUUUAAAUUUAGGUGUUCAUCUUUUUCUAACCGAUUUUUUGAGGCUUUUUAUGUAUCAAGGAUUCUAACUCUUGUCAUGUGUUACAGUUUUUCCCCAGUUUUCUGAAAGCCUUUCCUUUUAGCUAACAUACUUUAGUGGAUGUUUUCAGUCUUCACUUAGGAAAAUCUGUAACUUUUAAUUUAUUGACUUAUUUAUAGUUUGAUUUUUGCAUUUAGUUCUGAUCUAAUUAAAAUUGAUUUUAGAUUCUGAUUGGAGAUCAUUUUAUCCCACGUGCCUUUUUGGUUGUGAGGGUGUGGUGGGGUUUUUUUUUCUCAUCAUACUCUAGUUCCCCCCCGAAACCACAGUCCUGGAGAGGGGCCAGAAAACUGAGAGCUCAGUCUGUGCAGAGUGAUGCUGUGGAUAUGGAAGUCAACUGUAGACUGGGCAUGGGUGCCAUCUAGUGUUGUACAUGGAAAACAGGUCUGUGGAAUGCGCUAUGGUUGACCAUAUAGAAUAAAUUCAUCUGGGUAGAGAUAUGUAGUGAGUUGUGGGUAUUUAUUUCACACUAACGAACGAUGAAUGAUUUUAUAAAUGAUUUUGAAUUUUGACCCCUUGUUCUGGAUCAGGCAAAUGUUUGACUCCUGUUACUGAGUAUAAAAACAGUGACAUGACCUUAGAGACUUCCUCAAGCCUGUGUACUUUAAUGAAAAUUUAAAUGUCUCAAAGGAUCUCUUCAGAGCCUAAUGACUAUUAAUUGUUAAAUUCUGAGUUUUAAAAUAUUUUGGAAUAUCUAUAUAUUUGUUUUAUAUUAUUAUAUAAGAAGUUAGCAUUAUUUAGCUCUCAUUGAAUACUAUUACUUUCAAUCUUUUUCCCAGUGGAUUUUAGUAUUCAUUUUUAGCAGCUUCUGUGAAGUUGUUUAUAGAAUUUUAAAUGUUCAUGAUUUUUUGCUGUUUUAACCAGUAUUGUCAUUUUCUGGAUUGAUGUCUUUCUCCGUCUCUUUAGGUUCAGUUCAGUUGUUAGGAGUGCUAUGAUUUAGUCCAGGGUGCAUUCUAUACAGUGGAUGAUAGGACUUUUUAAUUGUUUAAUACUUUUCAGAAAUGAAACAUAUGUUUAAUUUCAUACCUUGUGUGGCUCAGAAUAAUUAAAUUUUGAAGUAAGUUUUAAACUACUGUGUGGAUAUAAUUGUUUAUUAAAAAAGAAAUAGGUAUUAUAGCUAUCAAGAGUAGUACAGCUCAGUCCCCAACUUAGAGAGCAGCACUUUCAAUCCAGAUGACUGCUGCUUUCCCACCUUAUUUCCCUUGCAACCCUGAACAUUGUAAAGAAAACAAAACAAAGACUUACGUUUUUCUUAGAUUCAGAAGUAGAAGAAGGAAAUCACUACUGCCUAUCCCAGAAUACCUUUGUCUGCCGUCUGCAGUCCUGUCAGAUACCAGCCUCUGCACGCACACGCAUGCACGCACACACACGCAUGCACGCACGCACGUGAGCGGGUUAGAGAGAAAGGCAUACUUUUUUUUCUUCAGUAGGAAUUGAUUUAAUAUAAUUUCCCUGCUAAUGAGAUAAAUAAACUAAGAAAAUGAGAGUUUUGAUUUGAAAUGUAAGAAGGGAAAUGUAGGGAGUCUAGGGGGUUUUAGGGCAUGGUAUCUUUUGAAAGGAGUUAGGGGCAUGCUUGGGGAGGUUUUCAUUCAUUGCUUUUUGUCAUGCUUGGGGGGACAAUGCUGGGGAUAGGGACAUUGAAGAAUGGGAAGCUGCCAAACAUGAACUUUGAACAAGUUUAUUUAAAAAAAUAACUGAUGUUGAGUUCAGGGAAAGGAGGCCCCCCUCCCCUCACACACACAGUGUGCAGCAGGAUUUAGAAUUCAGACAGUACUUUGAUUUACUUACGUCAUUAUCAAUAAAGGAAACUUCUGUGGACCCUCAUUUGGAAGCCUUUGCAUCAUUUAUAGCAUUUGCUUUUAAGGGAAAUUAAGUCCCUUGUCCAAAAUUAUCAAAGUGCCUUUUUGGAAGCUGAAUCCUGUCUGCUCUAUAUGAAAAUUGUCCUUGAAAGAGAUCUUAUUUUCUUAAAGUGUGUUAAGUAUUUGAAAGAAAACAAGACAAAUGAAGAUAUCAUUUUAAGAUUUGUGUCCUGCCUUCAUUUCACCUGUUAAAUUGGGAUUUAAUGUGGAGUAGGACCCAUAAACUGCAUAUAUAAAAGUUUUCUGCUGAAGAAUAAUAGAACUCUACAGAAAAGCACGCUAGUUUUUGAGUGUGGAGGGAGCACUUCUGUUUAGAAGGGUGUAUGAAUUAUUGCCUAGAAUGGAAUGGCUUAAUACAUGAGCUUUAUUAGAUUUGUCUUACAUGCCUUGUCCCUGUGGCUUGGUGGCUAUAUUUAGCAUAAUAUUAAUAAUAGUAAAUGACUAGCACUUACGUAAUGGUGCUCGCUUUGUGCCAGGUACUGUCCUUAGGUCUUUUGGAUACACUAACUCAUUUCAUGCUCACAACAGACAUGGCCCAUAUGGCGUCAAGUUUUAAUCCAUGUGUCUUACAUCGAAAUUUCAAAUUUAAGCACUCCUCGCUUAGCUUACCAAGCGUAAAACAACUGUGGUCUACAAAAUUCCUAGGAAAUGGGUAAAAUGUCAGAUAAUUUCCAUGACUUGGUUUUUCCCACAAAUUUAAUAGCCUGAAUUGCAUAGACCAUACCAAUUAAAGGAUACGGUUGUUGUUAUGUAAGGUAGAAGCCCUGGUGGCACAGUGGUUAAGCGCUUGGCUGCUAACCGAAAGAUCAGUGGUUCGAACCCACCUGCCGCUCUGUAGGAGAAAGAUGCAGCAGUCUGCUGCCAUAAAGAUUACAGCCUCGGAAUCCCUUUGGGGCAGUUACUCUGUCCUGUAGGGUCACUAUGAGUCGGAAUCCACUCGACGGCACACAGCCACUACAACAGUGUAACGUAGAAAUGCUUUUUAAACUUCAGGGCUCCCAUUUUGUCUUCAGUCCUCCAGGGGAACUAUUCAGUAUGUCUAGAUGAGUAGGUAGGUAUGUGUCGUCACACAUUCGUGCCACUCCCGGGCUGUUUCUGUUUGUUCUUAAUUGUUAAACGGAGUUAUCACAGAAGAUGAGAGUAAUAUAAAUACUAAACACCUCGUUCCCAGAAAUCUUUUUCUCUCCUAUUGGUGUACUAAUCUCUGGCUUGAAAAGAGUGUUUGGGUGCUGUGUUUGAGGGCUUUAUUCUAAUGCUGAAGUAUUUGAGGGCUUGCAGUUUUAAGGAAUUUAUUACUAGAAAAUACCAUCUUGGAAAUGCAGUGCUUACUGACCAGUGUGGGAUUCCAAACUGCUGCAUGGAGAGGCCGACGUUUUCAGCCAUGAGAUGACUUGGUGAUAGGGCCCUCAAACAUCAGGUUAGGCAAAGGUCUGGUGAAUAAAGUUUAGUGUUAACUCUUGAGCUGAGAAUAUCGAACUCCCUUUAAAAAUUGCUUUGCUUUAUUUAUGUUUGGAGUUAGAGAGGCAGAUAGGGAAAGAAAUGAGUCAUUGGCAUUCAAGCCACUUCUUCUGAUAUUAAGGAUUUUGCAGUCUUUUGCAGCUCACACAGUUUCACAGCAAGUUCCAGAAAAUAUUAUCCCUAUUUCAGUGUAGCUAUACAAUCUUAAAAAGUAUAUCCUUUGGUACAUAUAAUACUUUUAGUCAUACCACAUUUUUUAAUAUUUUAACUGAUUUGUCAUUAUUGUCUUUCGUGCUUGCUCAGAUAAUAGCAUUAGGUAAACCUGCAGUGGGACAUUGGUAAACACAAUAUUCUGCAUCGGAACGAAUGCCAGUUCUAUAAAGUUGAAGAAAAUAUUUAGAAAUGCUGUACUUAGAGAUUUGCUUUUGUAGUUAUCAGAAAAAUGUUAGUUUGCUCUUAUGUCACUUUCCUAAAGCAAAUGAUAUAAUUAGCCCGUAAAUAUUUCACCCCAAGUGAAGCACUUAUUAAUAGCACUUGAGGUGGUGUCUAAUGAGUAUUUAUUGAAAGAUGGAGUUGGAGCAGGUGAUGAUCAAGAAAGAGUGUAGGUCAGGCUCUGUGUUUUCAUGAUGGUCAAAGAGGAAAAAGCACUACAGUAGAAAGAUGAGAUUUGCUGAAAUUAAAUAAAACUUUUUCUGCUGCGGUAGCUUGUACUCUCUAAGCACUGAUAAAUGGACUUGGUGAUUCUCCUCACAAACCCUUGUACGGGUGUGAAAUGCCAAAUGCUUCAAGCCUUCAUGAACUUAGAAGACACUCAGCAGUUCCCAGGCUUGAAAUUCAAACUCUCUCCCUUCUUUGGAUCAGUCCAUUUUUUAUCUUAUCGAGUUUUGAGCUUUAAGUGAAACUGGAAACCAAGAGCGUAAUCAACCACUUGUGAAAAAAAAAAAAAAAGACCACCAAAAGUGCACAUGGCUCUAAGUGCGUUUCACAUAUAUUCGGUGGUAGUAGCUCAUUUGAAAGAACAGCCCUCUUUCCCUUUCUCUUGCUAGCCUGCCCCUCCCCCUGCAGAUGCAGCCCCAUUUGGUGUGAGCAGAAGCAAAUGACUAGAACAAUAAACAGAAGGGAGGCAUUAGUGCCCGAGUAUUAGUAGCCUGGUUACUGGUUGCACUGCGUCACACGUCCACACCCAGAAGACGUCAGGUGACUUGAGCCCUGCUGCAGUUGAGCAGCAGAGGAGACUGCAGACUUCAGGCCAGGGAACGGUUAUUUCAUGUCUCAGGGAGCAGAUUUUUGCACCUCCAGCUUCUCCGUUGGUAUGCAUAAUUGAUCAUUGCAGCUGGAGGGCGGGCAGAUCGUGACGAAAGAUGGACAGUCAGAAGAAAAAUUGGAAGGACAAGGGUAUAUCUGCUUUUUUUUCUGUUUUUAUAUGUAAUCAGUAAUAUCUUUAUAUAAUAAGCUUUGCAGUUUAGAUUCAUUUGGAUUGAAAACAAAGCGUAUAAGGCUUAAGGCUAAGGAUUUAAAUAGCUGUUUCAUAUGUGUUUUUGCGUUCGACUGUGCUAGAAAAUGGCACGCUGUUCUGUCUCGCCGGCAUCUGGUCUUGUCUUUGUAGUUGUGUGGCGUUUGGGUUCAGUUCUUUAAUGUGAUCUUUUACACGUAAACAGUGUCGUUCUGACGUGUUGCAUUUGUUGGUCCUUUCGGCAUUAUAAAUCUACACGGCUGUCUUUGUAUUUUGUAAUGACAUUUUCUGUGACUAUAAAAAUAAGCUGACUUGGCGUAGUUGAAAUUCUAUCCAAAGGUUUGUAGGUAGCAAGAUACUGCGUUUUGCAAUAAGCCUGUUUUCUUUGGAAAUCUGACUUGAACCUUUAAACUUAUUACCAGAUGUCUUUAAUCAGAUUACAUUUUCAUACGUCUUGAAAUCGUUAAAAUGUAUACACAGUAGUUUUAAACGCAAGUGUGUAUUUAAGUUGCUAACCUUUGUCCUUGUAAUAACCAAUCAGUGAUCUUGAUCUCCUUUCCUCCCUCCUGAAAGCACAGGCCCUUUCAAGUCUCAGUGGGCCAUUGUGUAAGAAUUUCAGCUGGUAAGUGGUAAAAUGUUGACUGUAAUGAAUAUUUAAAAAAGUAUUUUAUGUGGCUAUACGUGCCAUCAAAAAAAGGGUGGUAGGCUGUGUAUCUGACCACUUAAAUUGUUUUAAAAAUUAUUAAAGCUAUUUUUAAGUAGCUAUAAUAGACAUCCCACACAAGCAUUUUUUUUUUUUUCUAGAUACAUUCAAGCUUUGUAAUUCUGUUUAAAUGUAAUUUCCUUCUACAGCCAGCUUGUUAGCAGAAUUGGUGAUAAUGUUUCUAAAAGCAAUAUGUGGAGCUAAUUACAGUAACUUGCACACCUUUCUUUGAAAAAUUGUUCAAUAAAGAAAUCUGAGAAGAGGGUAAGCUUUAGAUUCAGUUCCUGUUGAGUCACUGGAAGGAUUUUACAGUUACAGCGAAAGAAUAGGAAACAGAGAGCUUGUACCUUUAGGGUUCCUUUUGCAUGUGGACUUAAUGAAGGGAAGGAUUUUUAUUUCUUCUUCCUCAUGGGUCAUUAGAGUGAAAGGUGAACGGGGACCCUUUAGUUUUUGGUAAGUAAAAUUGGUGUGGUGAUAGCACUGCAAUAAGUGCAGGCUUUAAAAAAUAGGCGAAAAGUCACAUCAGGGCCCCCUCUUCAACUAUUAAGGUUUUGAAUUAAUAGUUUAGACCUUAGACAUUUAAUAAUACCUCAAGUUCUUUAUUUGCUGAACUAAUUUAGAGGAUACUUUGAGAUAAGAGAAAUGUAAGAUCCAAUAUAAUCCAUAUUAGACCAGAACUUUGAUUAUUUUUAGAAACCAAAUAUAAAAUCAAAUUUACUCUUGAAUGUCUCUGGAGAGCCUCACUUAGUAUGUAAGUGGAAUGGCCUAAUACUUUUUUUAGUACUCAUCUUUGACUGUCCUGCUCUGUAAGACUAACUUAACCUAUUUUCUGAUUCAUUGGUGCAGUUAUAUUUUAGUAUUUUCCUUAUCGGCAACUAAUUUUAAUGCUGUAGUUUAUGAGGGGGGAGCCCUGGUGGCACAGUGGUUAAAUGCUUGGCUACUAACUGAAAGGUUGGCGGUUUGAACACACCUAAAGCUGCCGUGGAACGGGAAUUUUUCAUUUUAUGGAAGAUGUGGGACGCGAGUGGAAAGAACCUAAUCUAGGUUCUAGGUAGAUGGAAAAAAAAAUACUUAGGCCCAUAUUUUUUCUACUGCCUCCCCCCCACCCCCCGCCCCAUGCCUUCCAUAGUUAGAACACAUCCAGUGAUGCUGAAGUAUAACAGAAGUGAGAAGUACUCUGAUUUCAAGGAAUUUUUUUUACUUUUUUUGCUGAGUAACUGGGAUUUAAGACAUUUUAUUUCUUUCAGGCUAAGGCCAAUAUUAAUUUGUAUUCUUUAUAUAUUCUUCCUCUAGAAUUUUCUGUUGCUCUGUGAACGAAGGUAAUUAUUCCUUAGCAAAAGGAUACUUAAGAAAUCUACAUAGUAUUUGAUUACUGGGGUUUUAUGGGAGGCAUUGAUUCAGACAGUCAAAAGAUUUUGAAGAGCUUAAAAUAACAAGGAACGGGUAGGUUUGUGGGUUAGGGUGGGGUGGGAGAGUGAUGUAACCACUGAACAAAGCAUGGUUGAGACAGGGAAUAGAGCUUUCGGCAUAGAAUAGAAUAUUUAUAUGGAUAAUAGCUGGAAGAUUAGAUUGGUGUAGUCAAAAAA